UAUUGCGUUAUAAUCAAUCAGUAUAAAACAAGCUUUCAAAUCAUGGCAAUCUUUUUUAUUAAAAGCUUUCUAUUACAUUUUAUCAGUCAAAAUCUUUGUAACAGAAAUUAUGACGUUUUAAGUACAUUAACCUAUACACUCAUACAAACUGCAAGCACAUUUAAACAUUAUUUCCUUUGUAUUAAGGUUGAUAAUAAUUAUAGUUGUCCAGUAUAAUAUGGAGCCAAAGGUUACUUAAAGAUAAACAAUUUCCUAAUAGGCAAACAUUAGCCUAAUUAAUACAUAUAUACUGACAUUUUCUAGUUCUAUUCGUCAAUUGUUAGUGAUAACUUGAAGUUUGUGGCCGUAUUAAUGCUGUUCAUAAAUAAAAUGUAAUUUUUGUUGGUAAUAUAAAAAUGUCAGCGUUUUGAAAGAAAAUAGGAGUGGAUAUCCAUUAUGAAGGCGUAUAUCUGCAUCAUCCUCUGCUUCGUAGCAGUAACAUUUUGUUCUGAAUUCAACGUCAAAAAAGAUGCUCAAGACACGACUGCAGCAGAUGGAGUUUCUAAAAACUUGGAAACUGAGCGAAGAAAACUAAUCAGAGAAAAACAAGAUAUAAUCAAUGAGAAACCUCAUAGAAAUCAAGGUACUGAUCAAGAUUGGAACGCUUACAGACAGAAAUGGAACGAAUAUGGAAUGAAGUGGGACGCGCACCAUGCUAGGCAAGAAGUAGGAACAUUAAGUGAUAAAAGAAACAAAAGAGAUGUACAAGAUUCUACAACAGAUGAGGAAAAGCAAAUUAUAUUAAACGAAAAAUCUCGUGGAAAUAAAGGAAAUGACAAAGAUUGGAACACUUACAGGCAGAAAUGGAACGUAUAUGGAAAUAAGUGGAAUGAGUACCAUACUAGACGAAAUACACAGAGUGAGAAAAGAGAGAAAAGAGAUGUACAAGAGUCUACAUCAGAUGCCAACUUGGAAACUGAGCAAAGAAACCUAAUCAGAGGAAAACAAGAUAUAGUAAAUGAGAAACCUCAUGGCAAUCAAGGCACUGAUCAAGAUUGGAACGCUUACAGACAGAAAUGGAACGAAUAUGGAAAUAAGUGGGACGCGCACCAUGCUAGGCAAGAAGCGGGAAAAUUAAGUGAUAAAAGAAACAAAAGAUAUGUACAAGUUUCUACAAAAGAUGAAGAAAAACUAAUUAUAUUUAAAGAAAAACCUCGUGGAAAUAAAGGAAAUGACAAAGAUUGGAAAACUUACAGGCAGAAAUGGAACGAAUAUGGAAAUAAGUGGAACGAGUACCAUACUACACGGAAUACACAGAGUGAGAAAAGAGAGAAAAGAGAUGUACAAGAGUCUACAACAGAUGCCAACUUAGAAACUGAGCGAAGAAACCUAAUCAGAGGAAAACAAGAUAUAGUAAAUGAGAAACCUCAUGGCAAUCAAGGCACUGAUCAAGAUUGGAACGCUUACAGACAGAAAUGGAACGAAUAUGGAAAUAAGUGGGACGCGCACCAUGUUAGGCAAGAAGCAGGAACAUUAAGUGAUAAAAGAAACAAAAGAGAUGUACAAGUUUCUACAAAAAAUGAAGAAAAACUAAUUAUAUUCAACGAAAAACCUCUUGGAAAUAAAGGAAAUGACAAAGAUUGGAAAACUUACAGGCAGAAAUGGAACGAAUAUGGAAAUAAGUGGAACGAGUACAAUACUACACGGAAUACACAAAGUGCGAAAAGAGAGAAAAGAGAUGUACAAGAGUCUAUAACAGGUGCCAACUUGGAAACUGAGCGAAGAAACCUAAUCAGAGGAAAACAGGAUAUAGUAAAUGAGAAACCUCAUGGCAAUCAAGGCACUGAUCAAGAUUGGAACGCUUACAGACGGAAAUGGAACGAAUAUGGAAAUAAGCGGGAACAUUAAGUGAUAAAAGAAACAAAAGAGAUUGUACAUCUCUUUUGUUAUAAUUUAAUUUAGCGUGGAGUAUUUCGUGGGACACUUUAUCGUAUGCUUUGGUCAUAUACAAAAGUAUUCCAAUACUGUAUUUCUUAUCAUCAAUGUGCUAUAAAAAAUUUCUAAUGUAUUUAAUUAUUGCAAAAGUUGUUGAGUGAUGUUUUCUGAAUCUGUGCUGAUUUUUAUCUAAUAUUUUGUAUUUUUCGAGGAACCUAUAUACACGAUUGGACAUUGCUUUUUCGAAAAAAAUUGAAACAGCCGGUAGUAGUGCGAUGGGACGGUAUUGAUUCGGAUUUGUUGCCCUACCACCUGGUUUUAAAAUUGGUAUUAAUUUAGAAAUUUAAAUUACAUUUACAAGCAGGGAAAUAGACACUCGUGGAACUAGACGAUCAGGAAAAUAGACAUACGUGGAAAUAGACAUUCGUGGAAACAGACAUUUAGGGAAUUAGACCCCAUGGACCGAACCGAUUGGGGCGAUUCUAAAAUUCUCUCGUCAAUUUGUAAAUACAUGUUUUUGUAUCGUCGUUCGUUAUUUUUUCGCGUGAUGUUAUUUAUUAUGCUCCACAUGGUUUUUGUUUUGUUGUUCGUUUUUUUUUAUUUGUUUUUCUAUCCAGCAUUUUUCAUAUUUUUUAAAGAAAUCGUGAAUAAUUUCGUUUCUUGUCGCGUUAACGAAAUUUUUUAGCUACACAGUACUAGUUAUAUAUAUAUGUAUCAUUGUGUAAAGAUAAAACAUAUAUAAAGAAAGCAACAUGGUUAUUUUUUAUAAAGUUUCAUGUUUUUAAAUGCAAGAUACAUAUACAUUUUUAAAUACAGUUUACUCCAAUGGGAGAUUUUUAACGGAUAACACGAAUCUCAAAACAUUUCGCAAUAAUUAGUCACCCAUAAAUCCCAUAAUGCAAAAACAGCUGAUUUUUUUUACAUUAUUUUUGCUAAAUGACGUGGCCACAUUUUCAGAGUUUUUUAUUUUAUUUUCGGAGACGGUGGGCUUGUCUUGAAUUCCAAUGUCCAAUUACGUAUAUCUUCAUGAUAUUUAAACAAUUUUCCUGCUAUAUUUGAAUGAUCUCAUGUCAUGACCUCCCUUUAAGAUUUUGUGACUCAGCGGGCCGGCGUUUUCUUUAAACGAUCUGUCUCGGAAACAAUGCUGAAAUAUUUCCCGGAACUAUUCUUUCUGGUGAUAGUUUUUUGUAGAGAAAAAGUACGCAAAUAUAUCAUAAACCGACCUUUAGCUCUAAUGGGUUUUUAGGAACUUAUGUACGAAAUAUCAUUGAUAUUUACCAGUCGCUUUUCGGUGAAGGAAAACAUCGUCAGGAAUCCGGACUAGUCCCAAUAAGGCCUAGUUUACCCCGUGGGUUGGAAGGUCAGAUGGCGGUCGCUUUCGUAAAAACUAGUGCCUACACCAAUUCUGGGAAUUAGUUGUCAAGCGGACCCCAGGCUCCCAUGAGCCGUGGCAAAAAUGGCGGGACAACGCGAGGAAGAAGAUGAGACUCUGUUGAUGCCAUACAAAUUUGGAACGUAGGUCCAGGAGCUACCGCUCAGAUGUAAAUGUUUUACCAUUUGAGUUAGGGAGAUAAUUUAAUUUACAGUACAUAUGGUGCUACUUUCCCGCACGCGUGCGGGAAUGAGCACUUUCCGUGCUAUGUCGAAACUUUAAAGAGCCAUAUGUACUGUAAAACGUUGUACGAUACACGUGCGAAUAGGUAAUUCGCAAUUCGUGUCGAUUUAAAACACUCCCUUCGGUCGUGUUAUAAUUUAUCACCACUCGUUGCGAAUUUCCUAUUUUCUGCACUUGUAUCGUAAAUAACUAUUGUCAAUCUAUAAACAAACAUGUACUCGUACCUAAAAA